AUCUACUACCGGUUAACGUCAACGCCGCCCUACGGAUGUGUGAUGCAACCGAAUGGAAAGGAUAUCUCGCAACAAGUUUUGACUUUAAGUCGGGGAAUCACGUUCGGAACGACGCUUUGUGUUAACAAUUUUGUAUAUGCCGCUUGUCCCUUUGUAUUCGGUUUCUCUGCCUGACAAUAAAACUGUCGGUGUGGCUCAGGCUCCCUCGCUUGCUAACGUUAGCCGCUCCGUAACUACAGAAAGGGAACUCGCGUCAGCUAACGUUAGCAACCGGUUGAUUUGAUUCAUUUUCACUCACUUCUCCUCUUUGUUAGCUACAGGCCCCCCGUCCACUGGGCUUCCCUAUGUACUUAUUUUGAAACGCUGGGUGUCCCCCCCGCUCCUCCUCCUUCACUUCUUGUUGAGUGAAUCUUUUUUUUUAUUUUUAAAUGGCCACGGCUGCCCCCCCUCCGGCAGCGGGCUCCACUGCGACCGCUGAAAACGCGAGCCCCGGAUCCAGCAGCUCGACCCCGGCCGACAGCGGCAACCAGGACAGCACCUUCGAGUGUAACAUCUGUCUGGACACCGCUAAGGACGCAGUGAUCAGCCUGUGUGGACACCUCUUCUGCUGGCCUUGCUUGCACCAGUGGUUGGAGACCAGACCCAACAGACAAGUGUGUCCAGUGUGUAAAGCGGGCAUCAGCCGAGACAAAGUCAUCCCCUUAUAUGGACGAGGAAGCACAGGUCAACAAGACCCCAGAGAAAGGACCCCUCCUCGGCCGCAGGGGCAGAGGCCUGAGCCUGAAAACCGUGGUGGUUUUCAGGGGUUUGGCUUUGGAGACGGGGGAUUCCAAAUGUCAUUUGGAAUCGGUGCCUUUCCUUUCGGUAUUUUUGCCACGGCUUUUAACAUCAACGACGGUAGACCACCUCCAGCAGCUCCUGGGACUCCACAGCACACGGAUGAACAGUUUCUGUCUCGACUCUUCCUUUUUGUCGCCUUGGUGAUUAUGUUUUGGCUCCUGAUUGCGUAAAUGCACGAAAAAACGACUUACCGGGACACAAUAUUAAUUUGAGGUGCAACAUUGUGGCACAUUAUCACAGUUUGCACCAAUGGGAUUCUGCUCCCUUUCUCGUAACUUGGAUUAGAUUCUUAUUCUCGACACAAAGCUAUGAGAGAGUUUAAUGAAGCCAGUUCUUCCAAAAUAAAGACGAAGAAUGAAGACUGACAAACUUGGGUGCCUGAAGUUUUAGUUAUUUUACCCAGGUGCUUUCAAAAGCAGCAGACUAACAUUAAUUAUAUUUCCGUCACCUUAAGUCCAGCGGCUAGUGGCGUCACGCUGCUCAUGACAACACGUCGGCCUCUCUGAUUAUAUAAUCUGACAUGUACAGGGUGUUCAGGUCAAAGGUCAUGCUAAGUAGGAGUAUUUCUUUAGGUACUAUCAAAGUAUUUAAAGAUAUACACGCUCAACUAAAAGAGACCACCGGUGCUCUUUGAUCAUCAACUUCCUGUUUCCAAACCCAUACGUUGUAUUAUGGGCUUUUGCUUUUAGACUGUAUUUAUUUUUUUAAAUUUGAUUCAAAGAAUCCUACUGAGUCACACAGAAUAUUGGUCUUUGCAUCCUGUAUUUUAUUAUCUUUUAAUCACCCAAUCCUAGAAAUGUACACAUGAUCAUCCAAAAUUACAUUGUUUGAUUUGUGGAAUCAAACAUUGUCUUUUUGUUUGAGUUGAUGUUAAAAAUUCAUUUUAUGCAUGUAAGCAGCUGACCGAUUAAGUCCUGAAACAGUGUUCAUUUCACUAUUUCUAUUUCUAUUUUUUCUCUAACUGUAAUUAAAUGUAAAAAUACACUAGAUUAUUACUGAAUAAUAUAAGAUUGGAAGAUUGUUUCAACAUGAAGACUUUUCUAAAUGGGAAUCCACUUUAUUCAUAAUAAAGCUAUGUAAUUAAAGAUAUUAAUCAGUCUGUUGUCCUUUUAAUAAUCUGGUAUGUUAGGCUGAUUGUACUCAUAAGCAGUACUCAUCUAAAAUGUAAAUCUGGACACAACAAACCAAAAUAAACUCUGAAACUUGCUCAAUA